AGAAAGAGAGAGAGAGAGAGAGAGAGAGACAGAGGGAGAGAGAGAGAGAGAGACAGUGAGAGAGAGGAAAAAAAAUACUUGGACUGCGAAGAGUUUCUUUCUCUACUCCAAUGGGAGGAGCCGAGUAUCCUGAAAAUAGUCCUACUACCUUUGACCUCUUUUCGCGAGUGUGACGGAUAGCAGUGAGCUACGAAAGAGUGAUCUCUACUCCGGGAUAACGGGAUGAGGAUUCGCGCGAUAUCAUUAAGGACGAAGAUGGACGAUCGAUCUAGUGUUUCUUUCGAUCGUUGAAUUAUUUUUUUCCUUACUUAUCUCUUUAUCUAUUUGUCUCUCCUAUCCCCCUUUCUCUCUCUCUCUCCCUCUCCUUUUCUCUCUGUCUCUCUCUCUCUCUCUCUCUCUCCCUCUCUAUCUUUCUUCCGUCGAUGGAUCUUAUGGUGAACAUUCGAGAUCUAUACGAUCGAUGGUGUUUUAUUGGUGAAAGUGAUCGUUCGCUUAGAGGAGAAGAAAAAGAAGAGGAAAAAAAGAGAAAGUUAAUUGAAUGAUCUCGAUGGACUAAAGAAGAUAAGAAGGAAGAAAGAAGAUAGAGGAAAAAGGAAAGAAAAUUAAAGAAAAAAAAAAAAAAAAAGAGGAAUAAAAAAGGACCAAGUAAUAAUGUGUUGUUUCCAAAUAAAAAAAAAGAAAAAAAGAAAUAUACGUUCGAUCAAGUGUACUCUCGACUAUUAUUCGUUUCAAUGAUACUAAUCAUUUUUUUUUAACUGACUUGAAUAAUUUCAAUUAUUAUUCCGAACUUAUUAUAUCCGCGCCGCAUUGUGUUAUCGUCAUUGCGGUGAACGGCGCGAAAAAGUGCGCGAAUAAACUUCCUUCGAUCGAGUUUCGGUACUUCAAAAAAAAAAAAAAAAAAAAAAAAAAAACCCAAAAAACAAAAAAACAAAGAAGAAGCCCGUGUUAAUCCUCAUCCACGAGUUUUACGAACUAAAAAAAAAAAAAAAAGAAAAAAAAACAGAAAAGAAUUGAGGGAAAAAAAAUAAUUAAAAUAAUAAACUCAAUUCUCCGGAGGAUCUUUCAUGUGACCGUAUAGAAUUAUACAUAUUCUAUUGCCUACGAUCAAGAGGAAGCAACCCACCGUUCCCGCUUAUUUUUUCUCUCCUCUUUUUUUGUCACUGGCAGAUAUUAAACGUACGAUUUCAAAUUGGAGAAGAUCAUCAUGAAAACCUUAUUGAUCCUGGUCGGUCUCCUACUCGAAAUACAUCUUUAUUUUACAGAGAGUCAUGCGAAGCAUCAACAAGAGUCGAGCUCUAAAAAUAUAGUCGAGCCGCUAAAUGGUCUCGAAGGUAAAGGAGAUGACGUCCUCGAAGGACCAAUCAGCGAGGUCGUUGCUCAAAGCGGAGGCAAGGCCGUCUUACCUUGCAAAAUCACCGAUCCUGGAGCUGGAACGAUCACAUGGUUAAGGCGCAAGGACAGACAAUUAUUGACUCUAGGUACUAACAGGCACUCGGUCGAUACUCGUUUUGCCGUACGCCAUACAAAUACAGAUUGGGCACUUCAAAUACAAAUGGUCACUCUUGGAGACGAAGGGAUUUACGAAUGUCAGGUGACGUCACAUCCCAUACAACGGAGCUUCACACGCUUGAAAAUCACGGAGGCGUACUCGAUAAUACCGGGUGCGCCAGAUUUACACGUAAAGCAGGGUUCCAGUUUGCGCUUGGAGUGCCAACUUAUGGCAGCUACGGAGCUGCCCCAGUACGUGUUCUGGUAUCGUCAAGGACGCAUGAUAAACUACGACGCCGAGCCCGGUGUUAAAGUUGAGCUCACGAAGAGUGGCUCCAUUUUGAUGGUAAACAAAACGAAGCCGACGCACGGAGGUAACUACACGUGCAAGGCGAGCAACGCAAAGCCGGCAUACGUCAUGGUUCAUGUCAUCGAAGAAGAGGAGAAGCCAGCAGCCAUGCACGGUGGCGACAGGAGGAACCUCAGUCCAGCAAUUUUGGCGAGCAACUUUCUGGUUUCCCUACUUGCGACCGUCAGCUGGAGGAUACCGAGUUUCACGAGCCUCUACCCGACGUGAAUCAUCGACUUGGAAGUUUUGCCGGUUGGAACACCGGCACCAACUCAUUUCGCGGUGAUGGCCAUACUCGUCGACCGAUCCGCACGAUCUCCCGUUAUAAAAUCCGACGAUAAGCGUCAAUCCUCUUUGGACUUUCGAGCGCGUUCCGUCGUUACGAUUUCAGGCUCCUUUAUCUGCCACACUUAUUCGUGUCAUUUAAUCGUCAUUGAACGGAAAACAUAAAUAAAGCCAAUUGACUUUCCUUCGAACGAAAGAUAUGGACGAACGAGAUAAAGAAAAAGAGAGAAAGAGAUAGAGACAUAGAGAGAAAGAGAAAGAGAGAGAGAGAGAGAGAGAGAGAGAGAUAAAGAGAGAAAGAGAGAAGGGCAUAGAGAGAAAGAAAGAGAAACAGAAAGAAAGAGAGAGAGAGAGAGAAAGAGAGAGAGAGAGAAGAAUAAUGUAAACAUUGUUUGUCUCUUUAUUCAUUGUGAAGGAGAAUUUUAAGAAGACUUUCAUUUUGAUAUCUCGAUAAGUUCUUUUUACUUUUUCGAUCGAAUCGAUUUAAAAAUAUCUGAUUUUAUUCGUAGUAUAUUUUUGUCUCUCUACGAGACUACAUCUCUUUCUCUCUCUCUCUCUCUUUCUUUCUCUCUCUCUCUCUCUCUCUCUCUCUCACUCUCUCGAUCCCUUUGUUAUCUGUCUCCCUUUUUUUUUUUUUUUCGAUAGAGACAAUUCUCUAUCUCUUAAGAAUUUCCUUUCUCUCGAUUCUUUCCAAUCGUUUCUCCUCGAAAAGAUAUUCGGCUCGCGUACGCGCUCUCGCAGUUGGACGAACUAUCAUCCUUCGUUUUUUUAUUUUUAUUUUUUUUUUUUGGAAUUGACUUAGGAUCGGUACAGUAGGAUACGUUUUACUCUUAAACUUCUAAUACGAGAAAAGGAAGAGGAUAUUAAGAGUGGAAGGUACGUUUUCCGUACACGGAGUACGUCACUACUACUAUUACUACUGUUACUACUACUAUUACUACUACUACAACUACUACUACUAUUAUUACUACUACUACCACCACUACUAUUACUACUACUAUUACUACUACUACUACUACUACUACUACUACUACUACUGCUACUACUAUUACUACUACUACUACUACUACUACUACUACUACUACUACUACUACUAUUACUACAAAACAAUGUACAGAACGGAUCGUGCGGGCGGAACGACAGUCUUUUCUCUUUUACGAGAAAUUGAAGAAGAAAAAGAAGUGGUAGAAGAAGAAAAGGAUAGAAGAGACAUGGUGGAAGAAGAGGAAGAAGAUGAAAAAUGUUGUGUAUAAAGGACGAAAUAGAGAAAAGAUGGAAGACGUUGCUUCUCGUUCGAAAUGAGCUCUAAAAUAUAGACGCUCGUUUUAGAACAGACGCUCGCGCAGUUCGUUAGUAUCUUUCGUUGUGCGUGAUCGGCCAAUCGUUUUCUUCGUACGUACAUUCUAUAUAGUUAUGUAUGUAAGUAUUCGUUAUUUGAACGGACAUAAAUAAUACACACAUCGUAUCUUCAUUCAUUACAUACACACACAUACACACACACACACACACACACAUAUAUAUAUGUAUAUUCAUUUACGUACAUCGCGUACGUAGAAAAAUACAUAAAUGUAUUACAUACAUCCAUUUGCGUACAUUGCGUACGUAAAAAAAAAAAAAAAAAAAAAAAAAAAUAGAAAAAAAAAGAAAAAUACAUAAACAUAAACACAAUCGUUCGUCUCAUAUGUUCAGAAAUAUACAUAUACUAUGUACGUUACAAAUGUGGACGCGAACUGAACGAGCGCCGUAAUUUUACGUGCAGUGAAAAUAAACUUUGAUUAUCUCGUCGUCGUCGUCGUCGUCGUCGUCGUCGUCGUCGUCGUUGUCGUUUUCGUCACUUUCGUCGUCGUCGUCUUCGUCGUCGUCGUUUUCAUCAUUUUCGUCGUCGUCAUCGUCGUCGUCAUCAUCAUCGUCGCCGUUGCCGUCGUCGUUGUUGUUCUUCCUUCACUUUACUUCUAUAAUAGUUACGAUCGUUCAAUCCAUGAUCGUCCCUUCGACGCCGAGAUAAUUUAAUGAUGUGCACGUGAACUCGCGAGACGCACGAAUUAAACGCACAUUCUCUCUUAUUGUCUCUUUUUCUUUAUUUCUCUCUCUCUCUCUUUCUUUUUCUCUCUUUUUCUCUCUUUUUCUC